AUGGAGAGCAGCGGGCCCUCGGUGCUUUGCCCUGGGCUCCUCCUUUUGCUGUUGCUGCCCCUUCCACUGCUGUGUGCAGAGAGCCUCCAGUACAGUGCCUUGGACUGGAGAAAUCCCCACCAACGCCUUUGCAAGGAUUGGGGAAAUGUUCAUCGUUACCUCAGCCCAGAUGAGAUAAGCUUCCAUGGUAGCAACCUACAGCACAGGAGCAAGUCCAGCAAGUUGCAUGACUGUGACGGUGACUUCGGCCUCUAUUUCGUCUUGGAUGCGUCAGACAGCAUGGGCAACUCCUGGAAGGACAUUCACCAAUUAGUGGAAAAAAUGGUGAAGAAGUAUACAAACCCCAAACUGCAAAUGUCCUUCAUCACCUAUGCCACACAGGGCAACACGGUCAUGAACCUCACCUCAAACAGAACAGAAAUAAGGGAUGGUCUUAAAAGACUUCAGAAUAUAGUUCCUUCAGGAGCCACAAACAUGCAGGAAGGAUUGAAAAAGGCAAAUGAGCAGAUUGAAAGAGUUUACUCCAAUAACAAGAAUGCUUCCAGCCUGAUAUUCACUCUGACUUCUGGGCCACUGCUGCCAGAGACGUUAAAGGACGCUAAGAGUGAAGCUAGCAAGGCUCGGAAUAUGAAGACCACGAUUUACUCAAUGGGUAUAAAAGACUAUAAGAGAGACCAGCUGCUUCAAAUUGUACAAGGAAAGAGACAGGUGUAUCAUGUGGAUGAAUCCAAUAUCGAAGAAGGCUUUAUUAGAUCAAUUGUGGGAAAUUCCUGUAAGCAAGUUAUGGGCAAGGACACAUUCUAUGCUUGUGUAGGAGAAUCCUACCAACUUGGUUUUUAUGCACACGGUCUAAAUCCAGACAAAAUUAAAGACUAUACUUGCAGAUAUAAGUUGGAUGAUAGCCAAGUCUAUAAUAAAGAACCUGCCUCUGUGACUAAUGAAAAAAUAACUUGCCAAGGACAUAUUUUUGCUAAGACUGGACAAGUGAUUGUUGUUGAUUACUCUCUGGACCUGGGCAAGACCUACAGCAAGCGAUCCUUGAAAGUUACCAGCAAGGAUUGUGUGGAGCCCCCAGGGCCCACAGUGCCCCCAGCGCCCACAGAGGAUCCGGUUCCCAGCAAUCUUCUCUUGUUACUUCCACUUGUCCCAUUCCUGGCCAUGAUCCCACUGCUGCUUCUCUGCAUCUGGUGCUAUAGAAGGAUCUCCAAGGAGCCAAAACCAGUCCCAAAACCAGUCCCAAAGAAGCCAUUCCCUGCACAGACCAGAGUGAUUGUCUCCUGUGGUGGAUACCAAGAAGACACGCUAAGAGAGAUGGAGGGGAAACUGGAUACCUUAUGUGACUUUGUUCAGCGCUGCAACCAGAUGCCAUUGAUGUGGUGUCCACCCAGGAACAUGCAUAGGUGCAGCAGUCUUAGCCUACCAGAGCCUCACUGUGGACAGAUGCCCUAUGGUUCAAAUAUCUGCUUUCAACCCAGCCAGGAGUCCUUUCUUCUAAACAACUGCUGCUCACGAUGCCACCACCCUCCACCUGUAUGCUCCCAGCCACCCUCCAGUAUGCUGCCACUGAUUCCUCCCACUGCCGAGGAGUUCUACAGACCCUCUUCAUCACUUCCGCCCCCAUAG